AUGAGGGAGGAUGAGGGAUCCACGAUAACUCAGACAUCAGUCCUUCUCCAGCAUAACAGGUAUCGUCGAAUCCUUAAAAGGAGAGUUACAAAAACUCUUCAAGAAAUUUUCUUCAAAUAUUUCAAUUAUAUUUUUACAACAGCAGCAGCUACUAAACUUGUAAUUAAUGUAUUUCGUGUUCUUUCGAUCUUACAAAUCAUGGCUGCCGCUCUUCAGAUCAUGAAUGAAAGUAUUUAUGGCACAUCAUCAACCAUGUCAAAGAUUUUCAAAGUAUUUUCCGUCAUAGUAUCAUUCAAUAUAUUUAAUUUAGCAGCAAAUACAUACUCGAUCGUCGUUCUUGUCGUUUGUCUCAUAUGCUUAAUAACGUUUAUAUAUAUUUACAUAACAACAUAUUAUUUUCACGUUCAAUCAAAGCUCUCACAUUUUUCAGUAACAGUUAUCGCAGUUUUCCUCGGAUGCGUCAUGCCUUUUAUGAUCUAUUGCACAAUGACAUACAUUGCAAUGGAAAUUGACGCACUUAUCAAUGUAGGAAAAUCGGCAAUAAGGAUUGCAAACAUAGUGAUCUGCGUAAUUACGUUUGGUUCUUGCUUCUCAUUCUAUUCCAUCAUCGUUCCUUCGAAUCUUAACUUCAGAGCUUCAGUGCAUGGAAUCUUUUUCAUAAAAGAUUUACAAAUCUUCUUAUUCGCAACUUCAUAUUCCAUCCUUGCUUCCGAAAUUGGUUGCCAUUUGAAUAGAUUACCAGGAGAUAUUAUCGCCAUUACAGCAAUAAUUGGUGAUAUUAUUGCAUUCCUCAUUACAUUAAGGACACAUGUCUGGUUGUCAGACUUCCUUAAGCGAUUCUAUCAGGGAAUGUUCAUUGUUAAUAUUGUUUACAGAAUUCUCAUUCCUGUAUUAAGUAUCGCUAACGUAAAAGGUAAUGAAGCUAUUGUUAUCUCAUACCUUGCAUUGAUUUUCAUUGUUUUAAUCAUUGCGCCGAUGUUAGAAAGAAGAUCUGUUUUGAAGGACAUGACACUAUUAGAUACGUAUCAGGGAGCUGACUUCUUUGAAGAGCACAAACACAAAGAUAUCGUCAGACUCUUCAAAGUUGGUUUCUUCCAUGGACAUCCGAUUUUGCAUAACUGGACUUUCAUCCAGGAUGCAUUAUUAAGAUAUCCUAAUGACAGGGCAAUGACUAUCUUAUACGCUAGAUUCUCUGCAAUUUAUCCUGAUGAAAUAGAAAACGUCAGAGAUUCAAUUAUCAAAUUAAUUGCCAUCAAGAAACACGAUAUAGAGUGCAAGAAGCUACUUAAUGACCUUCAAACAUUAUUACAACUCCGCGAACGCAAUCUGACUAAAGGACUCAAGAAACAACUGAAUAAGGCUAAAGAAAGAUAUGACAAAUGCAUUGCCCAAGCUCGUCGUAUAUGGGAAUGCGUUAUUAGAGGCUCAACUACUGAGGUUAAUUCACUUUCUAACCAGUUACAAGCCUUAUCUAAAGAUGUCGCAAAAGAAUACUCCCAGUUACUUCUUGUUUACCCCAACAACCCAUUUGUUGCCCGUGCAUACUCACAGUUCCUCGAAAGCGUUGUUUGUGAUCUCAAACAAGCAAACGAUUAUCACGGAAUUUACCAGUCCCUUAAAGCUGGCAAGCAACUUCAUGUAGAAAAAGGAUAUUUCUUUGCCAUAACAGAGAUUCCUACACUUCCUAUUGAUAAAGACCAUUCUUUCAUCAAUCAGCAAAAGAAUCAAGCGAAUAACCCAGAAAUUAAGAUCCAAGGAGUCAAGUCGACAACAUCCUUCCUUGUUGGCGGCUUCAGUACCUCAUCAACUGGUGAAUUACAUGGCGAAUUCGGUAGUGGAAAUCGCGAGAUUUCACAAGAACACCAAUACGUCGAACACGCCAUCCAAUCAGUUAGAUUACCUUCUGUUGUAACCAUUAAGAUCCUUAUUAUCAUCAUGUCCAUCAUUGUUAUCUUACUUACAACAGUUCCUUAUUUAAUUCUCAUUCCAAAGCAAAUGAGUACUAACAUUAACUCCGCCAUGGCCAUCAGAUUCAUCUCCGAGAUGUACGUGAACAUCCUUCACAUCAUGACUAAUACAAUUCAAUUCGUUGGCUCUUCUAACGGCAAAUUCCUAUCAGUUAAAGAGAGAUACAUCUCAAUAUCAGGUCAAGACGGAUUCCCAUACACAGAUGAAGAGAUUUUGGACAAAUCCAUUGAAGCUCUUAAAAGUAACACAGCCAAUUUCGAAAUGAUGCUUCCUACAAUGAAAGAUUCAGGUUAUUACACGGAUACACUGAAUUUGGCAUUUAAUACAACAGGACCAAUCAAGAUCUACUUCGGUCCAAACACAACUCCAGGAGCCCCUGGAAUUUUCUCAAUGCAAUAUUAUGUUUUGUACGUUCUUAAGAUUGCAACAUUGAUGAUUACUGAUCCAUCAAUUGCUUAUGGUAGUGGUAAUUACUAUACUUUAACAUACGGCAUUAAAUCUGUCAAAGAUUUCUGGGAUUUAAUCAUCACUACUGCUGUCAAAGAAACAGAUAAUUUGUUCACUUUCAAGAUCGGAACAAUCCAAAUCAUGCUGAUCUUUGAUUUAGUUUUCGUUGUUGUUCUUGAAAUCGGCAUCAUGAUUUAUGGUGUUGCAAUCAUUAACCACGAGAAAUCAAUGGUUGCAAACGCUUUCAAGGCAAUUCCAAAGAGAUCAAUCACUCAAAUUGUUCAAAACUUGAACCAGUAUUUGAACAGAAACAUAGAAAAUGAUGACGAAAAGAAACUCGACAGACAAGAAGAGAACGCGUUGAGAAUCUUAUCAACAGCAAACACAACUUCUAAAGUUGAUAUAAAGUUAGUUGCUUAUUUAAUCAUGCCACAAAUUGUUUAUAUCAUUGGCGCUUUCAUCAUUUUCUACAUUUUGUAUUUCAUUCCAAUCGAAAUUUCCAAUACAAUGAGGAACAUUUCUCCACAGUUACACGAUCUCAUCAAAGCUCCAACAGCAGUUCAAUCAUCAAUCAUGACUGCAUUGAGAUAUUCUUUGAAGGGAGAUCCAGAAUUUGUUAAUGAUACAGUUGAUUAUACCAAUACUUAUACUUGGCUUAAAGAAAAUUGUAUCGAAGCAUUCCCUGAAUAUGUAAUGAACUGGUGGCAAUCAACAGGUGAAGGAAAAGGCGCAUUUACAGCUGGCGAUGAUUAUACAGCUUUAUUCUCUAAAUCAGAUUGCACAGACACAUCAUUCUUACAAGGAAUUAUUGGUACAAUUUCUUGUGCAUCAAUUGAAACAUCUUCAUAUGCAAUCAUGAGAAUGUUAUCUGAUGUUUUCGAGUUAGAUCCAAACAAAGAAGAUAAGAGAUUGUCAAUGGCAAUUCUUUGGCUGCACAUGAAAUUGAUGGAACAAGUUGUUACUCCAGGUAUUUCUAUAAUAGAAGACGUGAUGGUUGCACAAAAUGACAAAUUAGGAUCUAAAAUGAAGAAUCCAAUUAUCAUAAUGAUCGUUAUCAUUGUGAUCCUCGGCUUCUACACAAUGUACGGUGUUGACACUGUAUCAGAAUCAACAUUAGGAACAAUCAAAUUGUUCUUACAAGCUGAUCCUAAAGAUGUCAUGAACUCAAAGACAAUUUUGAAGAUUUUAUCAAACGAUUUCUCUCCAAAUGAAGAAGAUUCAUCCAACAAAGAUUCGUCAUUCUAUGAACAAUUAGUUUCUAAUCUUCCUGAUGGCUGUAUAUUCAUGGAUAACACAUUAAAGAUAUUAUCAGCAAACUCUGCUGUUGAAAACAUCCUUGGUAUUCCUCCAACAGAAGUCAUUGGAAAGAACUUCAAUGAAGUUAUCUGCGCAAAUGGUGAAAAUGAAGGUGAAACAUCAUUGAAGACAUUCAUUUCCGCUCUUAAUACAUCAAUGAACAACCAGAGAUCUCCAAGAAUCACAAUGGAAGCUGAGAUGAAGAGAGGAAGCAACAUGAUCAUGGUCGAAUUCAAUGUCAUCGCAGUUUCAUUGGUCGGAGAAGUCCAAAUCUCAUCAAUUAACAGAGAAGGUCUUGCCAUGGUUAUCAUUGUUAUGAAGGAUACAACACAAGCAAUGGCAGCUAAAAGAUUAUUGGAUGAAGAACACGAUAAAGGCGAACACCUUUUGAAGAUGAUUCUUCCAGAUAGAAUUGUUAAACAGUUGCAGAGAGGUGAUUCCAAUAUUUCAUUUGCUGUUCCUUCUGCUUCUAUUUUGUUCAUGGAUAUCGUGUCUUUCACACCUUGGUGCGGUUCUUUGGAUGCAAAGACUGUUAUGUCGACAUUGAACAAGAUGUUCAAGAUGUUCGAUACUUCACUUUCAAGAUACGAUAAGAUGAUCAAGAUCAAAUGUAUUGGUGACUGUUAUAUGGCUGCUGGUGGUGUUUUCGAUGAAGUUAACAACCCAGCAAUCCACGCAAAACAAGCAAUUUCAUUCUGUUUGGAUGCAAUCAACGGUUUGUCUUUGUUCGAUCUUGAGAACAAACAACAGAUGAGAAUUAGAGCAGGUAUCAACUGCGGCGGUCCAAUCAUUGCUGGUGUUUUGGGCAUUGAAAAGCCAACAUUCGAUAUUCUUGGCUCAGCAAUUUCCGUCGCUGCUUCCAUGGAACAUAAUGGUGUUCCAAUGAAUGUCCACAUUCCACAACAUAUGUACGACUUGGUUUACGACCAGGAAUUCGUAUUCAAGGAGAGAGGCGAGAUCAACAUCAAGGAGAAGAUGAUCAAGACUUAUCUAGUCUCUGGUUACACUACUCGUCACGACUAA